AUGUCAGUUCAGAUCUGCGGGAGCCGGGACCUGGAGAGAGGCUCUUGGGCAUCACGGCUGCGAGAACACCACCGCGCUGCCAUUAAGGUGAUUCGUAGGAUGCAGUAUUUUGUGGCAAAGAAAAAGUUUCAGCAAGCUAGAAAGCCCUAUGAUGUCCGAGAUGUUAUUGAGCAGUAUUCACAGGGCCACCUCAACCUGAUGGUGCGGAUCAAGGAGUUACAGAGGAGGUUGGACCAAUCCAUAGGGAAGCCAUCUCUUUUUAUCUCUGUCUCAGAAAAAAGUAAAGAUCGAGGGAAUAACACGAUUGGUGCCAGGCUGAACAGAGUGGAGGACAAG